AUGAACGUUGCUGAAAUAGGCGAACUAAAAAAGUAGAUUAAUUAUUAUAUAAGUUUAGGUAAUUGACUAAGGCAUUAACUGAAAAUGCUCAUUUGAUGCAAAAAAAUCAAUUAUUAGAAUUAAAGUUAAAAGAGACAGAUGAGAGAAAUUGCAAUAUACAAAAAAUGAAUGGAACUAUUAUGCAUGUUUUAAAUGAUUUGAAUGUAUAAAAUAAUAGACCAUCCACUGAGAUUUUAAAAUAAUAGGAUUAAUUCAAUAUGAAAUUGAUGUAAUAUCAAAAGAGAAUUGAGUCUUAUGAAACUUAAAUUAAGAAUUUAUAGACUCAAUUAUAAGAAGCACUUAUUUCUAAGAAUGAAUAAAAUCAAAGAAUUACUUAAUUAUAAGAACAUAAUUCAUAAUUGCUUAAAUAGAUAGGAGCAUUAGAAUCAUCUGUUAAAACAUUGACUGGAUAAUUAUAGUUGUAAAGUAAAUAAACAUAAGAAUUUUCUUAAUAAUUGGAAGAUGUUGAAUUUGAAAGUCAGAAAUAGAAAUUUUCAUAAAGUGUCAAAAUAGAAGAAUUAAAUGAAGAGAAUAUGAAAUUAAAAGAAGAAUUAAAAUCUCUUAUGGGAUAAUAUUUAAGAAAAACAUCAUCUUCUAUGUAAUCUAGUGUACCAGCUUCACCUUAAAAUGUUAGAUUAUAACCAUAAGCUCCAUAAACAAGUACAACUCCAAUUUCUAAAAAGUAAACACCUAAAAAGAGAACAACAACUAUCUCUUAAUGGAAGAAAUGA